CAAGUAAUCCCCUCAAGCUCCCCUACAAAUACUGAACACCAUUCUACAAUCACUUAAGCCAAAACCAAACUUUGAUCAUAGAACUUACAUUCAAUGGCUCUUUCUAAGGCCCAACUCUCAAAUUUCACCUCCCCUUCUCCUAAACUUCAACAAUGGAGCAAAGCAAUUAGUCCAUCUCUUCUAGUGAUCAAGCCAAGGCUUCUGAAAACAUUCAUUGCUCCUUUAACCUGCAAGAAAUCCUCGGAUGGUUCUUUAUCGAGAAAAAAUACGAAGAAAGGUGAGACUGAUUCAAAAAUGGUGAUAGGGAGGAAGUUAUUUCCUCCUGGUUUCAUCUUUGGUGCUGCCUCUUCUGCUUACCAGAUUGAAGGAGGAGCUAAUGAAGGAGGGCGAGGGCCGAGCAUUUGGGACACUUUCUCUCAUGAUCAUCCAGAGAAAAUAGAUGGAAGUACAACAGGAGACAUUGCCUGUGACUCAUACAAUCGAUACAAAGAAGAUGUUAAGCUGUUGAAGGAUGCCGGAAUGGAUUCUUACAGAUUUUCCAUCUCUUGGUCAAGAAUUCUGCCAAAGGGAUCACUAAAAGGUGGUAUAAAUCAGGAGGGAAUACAAUACUACAACAAUCUCAUAAACGAGUUGCUAGCAAAUGGUAUCAAGCCAUUUGUUACGUUAUUCCAUUGGGACACUCCACAAGCACUAGAAGAUGAGUAUGGAGGUUUCUUGGACCGUAAAAUCGUGGAUGAUUUUAAGGAUUUUUCUGAAAUAUGUUACGGAGAGUUCGGAGAUAGAGUUCAGCACUGGAUUACAUUUAAUGAACCAUGGACAUUUGUUUCCUUUGGUUAUGAUACAGGCUCGUUUGCUCCUGGAAGAUGCUCAAAGUCUCUAGGAUGCUUGGCUGGUGACUCCGCAAGAGAACCUUACAUGGCCUCUCAUAACCUUAUUUUAGCCCAUGCAGUAGCUGUAAAACUUUACAGAGAAAAAUUCCAGGCUACACAGAAGGGAGAAAUCGGAAUUACACUGAAUACUCAGUGGAUACUGCCAUUCUCUAACUCGAAGAAAGAUAUUGAGGCUGCAGAAAGACAACUAGACUUUGCCUAUGGAUGGUACUUGGACCCCUUAGUUCAUGGAGAUUAUCCAUUCACUAUGAAGGCCAUUGUGAAAGAUAGACUUCCAAGUUUCACUGAUGAAGAAUCAAAUAUGAUCAAGGGCUCCUAUGAUUUCAUUGGGAUUAACUACUAUACAGCAAGAUAUGCUUAUAGUCUUCCAAUUUCAGCGAAUGAUUCGGCAGAUAGCUACACCUUGGAUUCAUAUGUGGACUUAAAAGCUGAGAAAGAAGGCAUCCCUAUUGGUGAAACGACAGGAACUUGGCUCUAUGUAUACCCUGAUGGAAUACGAGACUUGAUGGUGUAUACACAAAAGAAAUACAACAACCCUCCAAUUUACCUCACAGAGAAUGGAACUUGUCAGUUAGAAAGCAAGGAGCUAAAACUUGAAGAAGCUUUGGAUGACCAAGCUAGAAUUCGAUAUUAUGCACUGCACUUGGCUCAAGUUAGAGAAGCCAUCCAGUUGGGAGUGAAUGUGAAAGGAUAUUUUGCAUGGUCUCUGAUGGACAAUUAUGAAUGGAACAGUGGUUAUACUGUUAGAUUUGGGCUCACCUAUGUCGACUACAAAGAUAACCUGAAACGCUACCCUAAGGCUUCUCUCAAAUGGUUCUCAAAAUUUCUCAAGUCUUAAAGGAGACAAAACUUAUGGCUAUUGAUAAAUAAUGACGAUAUAAACUUUGAAAUUUACAUAAAUGUAGCCCUCAUAAACUUUUCAGAGUUCUGUUAGUGGGUAUUUGUGAUUGAAGUGAAUAAAUUGCACCUUGUCUUAUUUGAAUAAAAUCUAUAAAUCUUUGUAUUUUACGGUUUAACUGCUGGAAUAGUAAUAAU